AGCUUGGAGAGGUUAAGGAACUCCACUGAGGUCACACAGCUGAUGACACACAACCCUCUGUGCCUUCGUCAAGCUGGCCACUUAACCGCCACGUCUCUGGCGACACCAGGGGAAAGACAAAGCUCUAAUUAAUGACUGUCACAAACCACACUUUCUGGACAAGGGUGGCAAAGACCCUUCCUUCCAGGUCCUUACCCCCGAGGGACCCUGGACUGUCACAGAGAUUAAUUACCCUUCAACUCCUUUGGAUGGAAAAGGAAAUCACUGUUACUGAGUUCGAUUAGAGCUUCAUCAAGACACACCAUUAGCUCUUUAAGGACUGUAGAGGAGGGAGGCUGCUUUAUUUCCUGAGACGACAAAUUAUUGCAGGCACAGCCAACAUGCCAUGAAUGGCUUUUGUGGACCACACGGUGAUGUCUGGAACACACGGGUGGCUGUCCCCUGGUGGAAGCGGAGUUGGCUGCAGCAGCCCUUGAGGCCUCCCUGGGAAUUCCCACCGUCCCUUCUGAUCAAGUCUUCAUCCCUGGGAUCUUUCUAUUCCGUGUUUCUUCUCAAUUCAGAGGGAUUUCCUCUAGCCCGUCCCAGGGAGGCCCCCUCCAGGAAGGGAAGAUGGUGGCCAUGAGGAAAAGGACCCUCAAACUACUGACCUUCCUUCUGCUCCUCAUCUCCCUCACCUCCUUCCUCCUGAACUACACCCACACCACGGUGCCCACCACCUGGUUCCCCAAGCAGAUGGUCCUGGAGCUCUCGGAGAACCUCAAGAAGCUCAUCAAGUACAGGCCCUGCACCUGCACCCGCUGCAUCGGGCAGCGCGGGCUCUCGGCCUGGUUCGACGAGAGAUUCAACCAGACCAUGCAGCCGCUGCUGACGGCCCGGAACGCGCUCUUGGAGGAGGACACCUACCAAUGGUGGCUGAAGCUCCAGCGGGAGAAGAAGCCCACUAACCUGAAUGACACCAUCAAGGAGCUGUUCAGAGUGGUGCCCGGGGAUGUGGACCCCGUGCUGGAGAAGGGGUCAGUGGGCUGCCGGCGCUGUGCCGUUGUGGGCAACUCUGGAAACCUACGAGAGUCCUUGUAUGGGCCCGAGAUAGACAGCCAUGACUUCGUGUUCAGGAUGAACAAGGCGCCCACUGUGGGGUUUGAGGCCGAUGUCGGGAGCAAGACCACCCAUCACCUCAUGUACCCCGAGAGCUUCAGGGAGCUGGGGGAGAACGUCAGAAUGGUCCUGGUCCCCUUCAAGACCAUCGACCUGGAGUGGGUGGUGAGCGCCACCACCACAGGCACCAUCUCCCAGUCCUCAGGGCUGGAAUUUGGCUUCCUGGACAUGCACUCACACCCUCUACUGCCUGAGAAGUCCUCUUUGCUGUCCUCGAGACAGCUGUGGGGUGGUGGAACCAAGACCAAACCUGAUACUGGGACCCCUCCCAGCUUGGCCACUGCCGGCUGUAUCCUGAUCUACCACCCGGCCUUCAUCAAGUACGUCUUCGACAGCUGGCUGCAGGGCCACGGGCGCUACCCGUCCACCGGCAUCCUCUCGGUCAUCUUCUCCAUGCACGUCUGUGAUGAGGUGGACCUGUAUGGUUUUGGGGCAGACAGCAAAGGGAAUUGGCACCACUACUGGGAGAACAACCCAUCAGCAGGGGCUUUUCGCAAGACGGGGGUGCAUGAUGCGGACUUCGAGUCCAACGUGACGGCCACCUUGGCUUCCAUCAACAAAAUCCGGAUCUUCACAGGGAGAUGAUGCUGUGAAGAGUCGAGGAUGGACGCACCGGAUGGCGCCUCUCCAUUUCCAGCUCCAACAUCUCGCCGGGGUCGUCCGUUCUGAGAGCCUUGAGGUCCAGCCUUGGGGCUGUGCCCAGGUGCCACACACAGCCUCUCGCGCCCAUCCUCCAGCAGCAUCUACGCAGCAAGGUCAUGGGACUCUGCUGGGC